CGGGACCGGCUCGGGGCUCUCCCGGCAUCGGCGCGGGGCCGGUCCGCCGCGCGGACUGAACGGGGACCGGCGCGGGGCCGGCCACCGCGCGGGCCGUCCGAGGACGGGCGCGGGGCUCUGCGGGGAUCGGUGCGGGACCGACCCGCGGCCGGCGCGGGGCUCUCCCGGGGCCGGCGCGGGGCUCUCCCGGGACCGGCUUGGGGCUCUCCCGGGGCCGGCUUGGGGCUCAUCCCGGGACCGGCUUGGGGCUCAUCCCGGGACCGGCUUAGGGCUCUCCCGGGACCGGCUUAGGGCUCUCCCGGAGCCGGCUUGGGGCUCAUCCCGGGACCGGCUUGGGGCUCAUCCCGGGACCGGCUUGGGGCUCAACCCGGGACCGGCUUGGGGCUCAACCCGGGACCGGCUUGGGGCUCUCCCGGGGCCGGCUUAGGGCUCUCCCGGGACCGGCUUGGGGCUCAUCCCGGGACCGGCUUGGGGCUCAUCCCGGGGCCGGCUUGGGGCUCUCCCGGAGCCGGCUUGGGGCUCAUCCCGGGACCGGCUUAGGGCUCUCCCGGGACCGGCUUGGGGCUCAACCCGGGACCGGCUUAGGGCUCUCCCGGAGCCGGCUUGGGGCUCAUCCCGGGACCGGCUUGGGGCUCAUCCCGGGACCGGCUUAGGGCUCUCCCGGAGCCGGCUUGGGGCUCAUCCCGGGACCGGCUUGGGGCUCAUCCCGGGACCGGCUUAGGGCUCUCCCGGGACGGGCUUGGGGCUCAACCCGGGACCGGCUUGGGGCUCAACCCGGGACCGGCUUGGGGCUCUCCCGGGGCCGGCUUGGGGCUCAUCCCGGGACCGGCUUGGGGCUCUCCCGGGACCGGCGCGGGGCCGUCCACCGCUCGGGCCGUCCGAGGACCGGCCUCUCCGGGGAUCGGCGCGGGGGCCGCUCCGCGGGCGCGGGACUCCCGUCCGUCGCGCGGGCCGAACGGGGACCGGCGCGGGGCUCUCCAAGGGCGGGCGCUCCGGGGGCCGGCGCGGGGCCGUCCGGGGCCCGGCCGCGAGCUCUCCGAGGAGCGGCGCGGGGCCUUCCGCCGCGCAGCGCGGUCCGGGCGGCCGGCGCGGGGUCCGGCCACCGAGCGGGGCCGUCCGAGGCCCGACCGAGGACCCCGCGGGGCCCGGCGCGGGGCCGUCCGCCGAGCGGGGCCCUCCGCCGAGCGCCUAAGGAGGCUCGAGGGGCCGGCGCGGGGCCGUCGAGGACCGGCCGAGCGGCCGUCCCGGGAGCGGCCCGGGGGUGUCCCGCGCCCGGCCGCGCCCCCCGCCCGGCCUCACCAUUGUGCCCAAGGGCCGCCCGGACGAGCGGCCGGCGCUCGGCCGCCUGGUGGGCGGCGGCCGGAGGCGCCUGAUGGCGGCGGCGGCGCUGGGCGUGGUGCUGGUGCUGCUGCUGGUCAUCCUCAUCCCCGUGCUGGUCAGCUCGGCCGGCCCGUCGGCGCGCUACGAGAUGCUGGGCACCUGCCGCAUGGUGUGCGACCCCUACGCCGCCAGCCGCCCGCCCGGCCCGCCCGGCCCGCCCGGCCCGCCCGGCCCGCCGCCCACCCCGGCCCGGGGGCUCCGCCCGCCGCUGCCCACCUUCCUGCAGGGCCCGCGGGGCGAGGCCGGCCGGCCGGGCAAGGCCGGGCCCCGCGGGCCGCCGGGGGAGCCGGGGCCGCCGGGGCCGGCGGGGCCGCCGGGGGGCCGGGCCGGGCCGGGCCGCCGGGGGCUCCGGGGGCGCCGGGGGCCGGGGGCGCCGGGGGCGCCGGGGCCCAGCGCGGCGGGGGCCAUCAGCGCCGCCACCUACAGCACCGUGCCCAAGAUCGCCUUCUACGCCGGCCUGAAGCGGCAGCACGAGGGCUACGAGGUGCUGCGCUUCGACGACGUGGUCACCAACCUGGGCAACCACUACGACCCGGGCUCCGGCCGCUUCACCUGCUCCAUCCCGGGCAUCUACUUCUUCACCUACCACGUCCUCAUGCGCGGCGGCGACGGCACCAGCAUGUGGGCCGACCUCUGCAAGAACAACCAGGUCCGGGCUAGUGCGAUCGCUCAGGAUGCCGAUCAGAACUACGACUACGCCAGUAACAGUGUGGUCCUUCACUUGGAACCGGGAGACGAGGUCUAUAUAAAAUUAGACGGCGGGAAAGCGCACGGAGGGAACAACAACAAAUACAGCACAUUCUCUGGAUUUAUUAUUUACGCCGACUGACCGUUCAGAGACCGAGCUCGUCCUCCGGAGGCCGAGCGUUGGAUUCGUACGGCCGAUGUCGACGGGGCGACCGUCCCGGUGGAUGUCGACCGUGGGGCACCUCGAGCUGUGUUGGGGGGUGGGGGUG